AUGGCCGCCCUUGACGCUUUGCCACUCCGCGAUAACUGGGCGGACGAUGUCAGAUUGGAGGCGACCAAGAUCAUAUACUCGAUCAACGGGCUUACAUGGGACGGGAAAGACGAGCGCCACCAAGAUUCGGAUUUCAUAGAGGCUAGGCUAGCCUUCAUUGCACGGAGCUGGAUUGCUCUUUGCGCAGGCCCCAAGGGCUCGCCAACCUUUGAUGCCGACUCACGAAGAAUCGUCAAGCCUCUCACCAUCCCGAGCAUCAUCCCUAGAAGUCGGGCCACUGAAGAGACUGGGAGCCUGGAAUGGGAUGUUCAGGAUCUGACAGGAAGCGGCGCAUAUGCGCAAAGUCGUCACCUCUCGGUAGACCCUUUGCUCGCGGAUGUUCUCGCGGCCAGGUCUAGAGCCGGAGGAAGACGUCAUCAGAAUGACAUCCUUGCUGACCCGACCAGAGAUUAUCAGAUCGAUCUAGCCACAAACGAAGGUUUCCGACAGGCCGCGAAGAAGAAGAACAACAAGAAGGGAGGGGCGGCGAAACCCAACUAUAUCAGCAACAACAGCAACAGCAACGGUAACAACGACGAGGGCGAGAAGAAGGAGGCUGAAGGAGGUGACGCUGGCGCCAAUGGUGAUGGGACCGGGGGCUCUGGCGGUAGCCCCAACGGAGAUGGCGGCGGUGGGGACGAAAACAAAGACGACGACAAGAAAGAGGAUGAGAAAAGAGAGGAAGGAACGGUAGAAGAGAAGGCAGAAGAGAAGACUGAGGAAGCUCCGCCGCCUCCCGAGGAUGACUUGGUCGGUACUGGUUCUAAGAAGAAGAAGAAGGGCGUUGCAGAACCCGAGCCUCCGGCAGUGGAAGAUCCGAAGAAGUCUACCGAUUCUGGUUUAGCCGCCGCUUCAGCAGGGCCUACCUUUGAUUCCUUCUCGAACAUCAAGAUGAACGGGAAUCGUGAUCCGCCUCGGAAAGAAGAGCCCAAGCCAGCGCAAAAGAGCGGGUUUGGUGGCUGGAGUGGCUUGGGAUGGGGUGGGCUUGGUCUGGCAUCAAAGGUUGUCGAGAAUAGCCCGUGGGGUCUCAAGUCCAAAAUCGGAGUGGGCUUCUCUUUUGGAGACGGUUCUGGUUCUGAAGAGCACAUUCAGAGACCGAAAUCAAGUGCAAGACAGGUUGAGAAACUGGCUGAGAAGCCAGUCGAAAGACCAGUCGAAAGACCAGUCGAGAAGCCGGUCGAAAAACCAGUCGAAAAGCCAGUGAAAAAGUCGGCCGAGAAACCUGUCGAAAGACCAACUGCGCCAGAAAAGCUUUCGGAUGACCCACCGGCAGACGAUUGGUUCGCCUCCGCGUCCGCCGUAACAGCUAAGAAGAAGAAGAAUGAUCUUGUCCAAGAGGCCAAGGUGGAACCGGGCUCUAAAUCAGGAGGGAAUGAUGCAUGGGACUUCUGGGGAGCGCCCAAGAAUAAGAAGAAGCCCCAACCUGAUCCCGAACCAGAACCGGAGCCUGCGCCAGAGCCUCCCAGGGAGCCAGAUCCUAAGCCGGAACCGACCAAGAGCACAGAAACAGAUGAUGCCUGGGGAGCUGCCCCCGUAAAGGGUAAGAAGAAGAAAGGUAAGAUCACCAUUGCCGAUGAACAGCCAAAGGAGCCGGAUCCUCCCCGUGAACCAACAGCUGAACCCGAACCUGAGCCAAUUCCCGAUCCAACACCCGAGCCACCCAAGUCAUAUGAAGAGGACAAUCCAUGGGCGAACAUUGCCACAACAUCGAAGAGGAAGAAGAAAAAGGGGAAGAACGCCGUGCCGGAGCCGGAGCCUGUCAAAGAGCCCGAGCCUGAACCGGAACGAGCGCCCACCCCUGAACUUGUUCCUGACCCAGAGCCGGAGCCGGAACAGGAGGUGGAGGAUUCCUGGGGUUGGGGUACUUCGUCCAAGAAGACCAGGUCGAAGAAGGGCAAAAAAAUCGAGCCUGAACCAGAGCCAGAGCCAGAGCCACCCAAGGACCCGGAACCAGAACCUGAGCCUGAGCCUGUCCCAGAGCCCGAAAAUAAACAAGAAGAUGAUUUUUGGAGCUUUGGCGUUACUGCGACUAAGGGGAAGAAGAAGAAGGGCAGGAGUAAAGACCCAGAGCCCGAGCCUGCCAAAGCACCCGAACCCGAACCUGAACCCGAGCCUGUUCCGGAGCCCGCGCCGGAGCGUUCUAAGAAGGAGGAAGAUGAUCCAUGGGGCCUUGCAGCUACUUCCUCCAAGAAGAAGAAGAAGGACAAAGGGAAAAAGGCUGCUGAGCCUGAGCACGAGCCUGAACCUGAACCUGCGAAGGAACCGGAGCCCGAGCCCGAGCCCGAGCCAGAACCAGAACCGGAGCCUGAGUCGGAGCCUGACAUUUUAGAACACAGUAUGUGGAGCUUUGGGUUUUCUACUAAGAAGAAGAAGGGGAAGAAGGAACCCGAGCCAGAACCUCCAAAAGAGCCUGAACCAGAACCGGAGCUGGAGCCUGAGCCUGAGCCAGAACCCGAGCCUGAGCCUGAACGUCAAAAGAAAAGAGAAGAUGACGAUCUAUGGGGCCUGAGCACAUCAUCGAAGAAGAAGAAGAAGGAGAAGGGCAAAAAAGCUGUCGAACCCGAGCCUGGACCGGAGCCAGUCAAGAAGUCGAAAGACAAGAAGGACAAGAAGGGUAAGAAGGUGGCCGAGCCAGAACCAGAACCUGAGAUGGAGCCUGUCCCCGAGCCGGAGCCAGAACCGGAAAAUGACGACGACGAUGCAUUCUGGGGCUCUCUGAGCGGCAACAAGAUGGCCCAUCACGAGACUUCAAGCACCAAGGACCUUCUUGACUUGGACAACAAGAACGGUAGCCAUGUCGAAGCUGACCCGCGUGCGUCUACCGAGAGCAGCGGCGGCUUCUUUGGUUGGUUGUCAGGCAAGAAUAAGAAGAAGUCUGGGGAGUCGUCGGAUGUGUCCACCAAGCCGGAACCAACGCCAGAAGAAAUUGAGAGGGCUGCUGCCGAGGAGGAAAAGCGCAAAGUGGAGGAGGCUGCAGAGCAGGCACGCAGGGAAGCUGAAGAGGAGCUUGCCAGAGAGGAGGAGCAGGAACUAGCUGCUCUCGUGGCCAAGAAGAACAAGAAGAAGCGAAAAGGUAUCUCGAGAGCUGAACAAGAGCGGAUGGAUGAGCUUGAGGCGAAUGCCAACAGGCGGGCAUUGGCAAAAGAAGCGCGUGAGGCAGAAGAAGCAGACCGAGAACGGGAACGACAGGAAGAGGCCGACCACGAUGCCAAGAAAGCUGAAGAAAAGGCAAAGCUAGAGGCUGAAGAGGCUGCUGAGCGGGAGCGCGAAGAGGAAGAACGUGAACGACAGGAGGCUGAGGCUGCAGAGGUGGCGGCGGCGGCUGCUGCAGCAGAAGAAGAAGCAGCUGCAGCGGCAGAAGCAGAAGCUGCAGCAGAACGAGCACGGGUAGAGGCAGCAGCAGAGGCCGAGGCAGCGUCUUCCAAGAAGUCUAAGAAGGGUGAUAGAAAGAGUAAGAGUAAAAGGGAUAAGGAACGUGAGCGGGAAGAAGAGGAGGAGAGGGAACGUGACAGGGAACGCGAGAGGGAGCGUGAGAAGGAGAAGGAGCGUGAGAGGGAGAGGGAGAGGGAGAGGGAGAGGGAAAAAGAAAAAGAAAAGGACAAAAAGAAAGAUAAGGAUAGGGAUAAGGAUAGGGAUAGGGAUAGGGAUAAGGAUAGGGAUAAGGAUAAGGACAAGGAUAGGGAUAAGGAUAAGGAUAGGAAGAAGGAUAAAAAGAAGGGUAAAGAGAAGGAAAGGGAAAGGGGGCGAGAAAGGGAGAAGGAGAGGGAAAGGGAGAAGGAGAAGGAGAAGGAAGAGGAGGAUGAGGCCAACUAUCUAACUGCCGAAGACGAAGACGAUCUUUUCAAAGACCUCAACGAUGCUGAUAUCACAGCCGAGCAACUCGAGGAGCUACUGGAUGACGGGCCCGCGGGUAAGGGACUCAAAGACAAAGCGUCGAUUGAGCCAGUUGAAACGAGGGAUGGGCCCGGCGAUGACCCCUUCAGCUUCUGGGGGGCUGCGAAGAAGUCAAUCUCCAAAAGCCAAAAAACCAGUUCGCUUCUGCCUCAGGCACUGGACAGUCCACCGCAACCACCAGAGUCGGAUAUUCAUACAGGUAGCAACCAUGCUGAGUCAUCGUCCAAGAUCCUGUCAGCUCUGGGUGCUUUCGGCGGCAAAUCGGUGUGGCACACCGAAGCCGGCACCUCGCCGUCACCCGAUCUGGCCAAGCCGACGAAAUCCAGAAGCAACAAGAUCGCCGAUCGCAUGCGCGCCUUUGAAGUUGCCGACGACGAUAAGGAUAUCUCGGGCGCUGAACACGACAACGACAAGGACAAUGACGAUAGGGGCAAGAGGCGCGACAAGGACGAUAUUUACGCCGAAGAGAAAGACAGUCGCGACAACCACAGGGCCGGAGCUUGGGGUGAGUAUGGCGGCUACGAACAAUACGACCCCUACGAGUACGAAGCACCGAUCGACGAUAUUCCUCCCCGAACCGCGCCACCACCUCCCGCUCCCGUUGAGGUUGUAACGCCCAAGGAGGAGAGGAGGAAAAAGAAGAGCAAGGACAAGAAGGGCAAAGAAAAGGACAAGCCCAGAAGCUCGGAACCUGCUAUCAUCGACGUCGAAGCCUUUGCAGCUCCUCCGCCUCCUCCCCCACCUGCGCCGCCUUCUCCUCCGCCAGCAGCAGCCCCCUACCUCCCGCGCUCAACACACACCGGCUUUCCUGGCGGCUUCCCGCUCGACGACGAAGACCACCUCGACAAUCACCCCCGCCGGCGCAACAUCAUGGAUUCAGGAGACGAUGACGAGAUUGUUGAUAUCAUCGAAAUGGCGUCGGAAAAGAAAGUCAGUAAACGGUCGAGAAGGGCCGCCAGCUCUCCCGAGGUCGUUGAUGAUGAGAUCCAUCCACCACCACCUCCUCCCGUUCCAGUACCGCCCCCUGCUGUUCCUGAUCCGCCGCCUCCGCCCAUGUCGCCCAUGUCCCCUCCUUUUUCACGCUCUGUCAAGAAAGAGAGGACUAAAAUCAAUCGCGACGGUGCAUCUUGGAACAUGUGGUCAGCUGCUGCUCCGCCUCCGCCUCCGCCUCCUCCACAGGAGCCUAGUCCCAAGAAAUCAUCAUCAAGAAGUAAAGAAAAAGAGAGGGAAAGGGAAUCAAGCUCCAGGAAGAAGGCGUCCUCUGCUGCCAAAGCUGAGAAGUCCUCAUCCAGAGAUUCAGGGUCGGAGGAUAGGCCAGAGAAGAUUGACAGGGUGCGCUCCAAAGACAACCCGGCAAAUCGAUUCCCUAGCGUUUUCGCCAGCACUCCCCCCAUCUCUCGGAAUGUCGCAACCCGUGAGAAACGACACAUUUCAAGCAGCAAGCCAAGCUCACGGCGGCAGUCUGUGGAAAUGUCUGGUGGAAUCAUGAGCCCACCCCCUGAGGAGAUGUCGUCCAAGGCGGCCAAGAUCCUUGGUGUCGGUGGUGCUGCCGGUCUUGCUACUGGACUCGGCAUCGGCCUUUCAAGAUCCAGCGGUAGACGCAGUAGAAAGUCCGUCGACGAGGAGGGAGAUGUGGUCAUGGUCGAUCCCACACCACCCAGCCCGGACAAGGCGGAACGGCGUCGGUCGAGACAAUACCCUCCCCGUCCGGAGGAUGAUGUUGUCAUGGUUGAUGCCGGGGAUGCAACCCCUACUCGACCUCCUCUCAAGCGCUCAGCCUCGAGCGCGAAUAAGAAAUCGGGGUUCUCUUCUCUCUUUGGUGGUGUCUUUACACCGAGCAAGUCGGAUCCCCGUUUGGAUCCGCGCUCCACAGACCCUCGUCUGGAUUCGCGCCCAGAGCCUCGUAGGCGCAGCACUGCUUUUACAACGACGGAUGAGGAAGCUGGAAGACGAGUUGAAGAGGAUGAAGCUGAGCGGGAGGCUCGCCGCGCUGCUCGUCGUGCUGCACGCCGAGCCGAGAAGGAAGCUGCAGAGAGGGGUGCAGGUGAACAAGCAGCCGAGGAAGCCCGCCGGGCCAAGGACGAAGAACGCCGUCGGCGACGCAAGAGACAACAAGAAGAAGAAGAGGCCCGCAGACAGGAAGAAAAAGAAGCGCGGCGUGCGGAAAGACGUGCUCAACGUGCUCGGGAGGAAGCUGACAGGCGAUAUGCAGAGCAGCCGGAUUCUGAGAAAGCGGAGCGUCGCAGGCAACGUGCAGAGAGGGAGGCUGCCGAAGCCGAUGCUCAGGCCCGGCGGGCAGCGAGACACCAGGAGCGUCGCCGCGGUCACCAGCCGGAGGAGCCGGCUCGGGAUAUUGUUGAAGAAGAACGCCACCACCGUCGUCACCGCAGCCACCAGCCCGAAGAUUUUGCACAGCGUGACCCAGAAGAAGAAGAACGACGCCGUCGCCGUGAUGCAAGACGGGCUACGCAAGAAGCCCAAGUGAGGGAGGAGCGUCAUCAUGUAAACGGACGACAUCGUUCUGAACCUCCUGUCGAGCACUCGGUAUAUCCUAAUGAGCACCAGCACGCAAGAGAAAACACGGCUGGCUCGUGGCCUCAUUCGGGCACGUCAUCCUGGGUGAAGGAGCAUUCUGAUGCGCCACCGCCUCCAGAAAAUGAGGAAGAAGAUGAGGGUCCUCUCCCCGUCGAAGAGGUGAUUGAUGAGGAAGAGGCACGCCGUGAAGCUCGUAGGGCGAGACGUCGGUCAAGAUAUGCUGAGGCGGCAGCUGUUGAGAAUGGCGGGAUGACUGCUGAAGAUCUUGACGAGGAAAGACGAAGAAGAAAGCGACGCGAGGAACGGGAGCGGGAUAGGGAGAGGGAGAGGGAUCGUGCUGAGCGUGAUCAUCGCUACCCCCCCGAACGGGACUAUCACAAAGGAUCGGAUGGCAGUGGAGAUAUGCGCCGUGAUCCUCGACGCAGCUCAACAUUCGAUGCUGCCACGCCAAGAAGCUCGUGGUGGAAGAGACUCGCUGGGAAAAACUGA